ACGGUUCAUCGGAAAUAGUAGCAUCCGAUCGGUACGGAUGGAUAAAAAGUCAGUAGAAGAAGCCCUGAUACUCCUUCGCAAAAGAAUCUCUAACCCUAAUUUCAUUUUCUCCCUUUUUUCCGAUUCUCCCGAUAGCAACUACAGCAAGCUGAAGUUUAUAGUAUCAAGUUCGAUAACUGAGGCAUGUAACAAUUCAUUACUUCUUUUGGGGCCUCGUGGUUGCGGUAAAAUCGCGGUUUUGGAUCUUGUUCUAGAAGAUUUGCUUAAAGAAUUUCCUGAAAUGAUCUCAGUGAUCAAACUGAAUGGGCUUUUACAUUGUGAUGAUAAUUGUGCUGUAAAGGAAAUCGCUAGACAACUAUGUAUUGAGCAUGAGCUGAUGUUUUCUAAAAUGGCAUCAUUUGAUGAUAAUUCUCAGUUCAUGAUAGCCAUGUUACGUGAAUGUGGAUUAGCACACAAGACAGUGAUUUUUGUGUUGGAUGAAUUUGACCUUUUUGCUCAGGGUAAGCAGAGAUUACUCUACAGCUUGUUGGAUGCAAUGCAAUCUGUAUCAUCACAGGCUGUUGUAAUUGGUGUCAGUUGUCGUUUGGAUGCUGAUCAGCUGUUGGAAAAAAGAGUAAGAUCUCGGUUCUCACAUCGGAAGUUAUUGUUCCUUCCUCCCCAAAAGGAUGAUAUACAGAGACUGUUGAAAUACAUUUUGCUGUUACCAACAGAUUCAAGUCUUCCUUUUGACUAUGUAACAGAUUUUAAUGCAAGAAUUUCAAACAUAUUAGCAGAUAAAAGAUUCAUUGAAGUCAUCGAUAAAUUAUCAGAUUGUGACUCCACCUUUAGUAAUUUUUUGAGAUUUCUGUUUUCUGCUGUAAGUUUCAUUGAUUUAAAGUCUGGUUUUAUCACGCUCGAGAACUUCAAAUCUGCACUCUCAACCAUCCAACGCCAGCCUAAGUUGGAUUGCCUAAAAGAUUGCUCAAUUCUGGAACUCUAUAUCAUGGUUUGCAUGAAGAGGCUAGAAGUCAAAGAACAGGAGUCGUAUAAUUUUAACUCUGUAAUGAAAGAGUACAAAACCGUACAUGAUUCGUUCCAGACAUCUGAUAACUAUUCACGUAGUGUAUGCUUACGGGCCUUUCAGCACCUUCUUGAACGUCAGUUAAUUGAGUAUGCAGAUAGAGGACACAAUCAGUCUAUUGAGUUUCGUUCAGUUAAGCUGCUAAUUUCACCAUCUGAGUUACAUCAAGGGUUGAAAUCCAAUCGCUCAUGUCCAGCCAUUCUUCUGAAACUAAUGGAAUCAUGAAAAGCUUAAUUGCUGCAAGAGAUUAGUAGUAGAAGCAAUGUGUGUACACCAUUAUAAAUUAUAUUUGUAUGAGAUUUUGAUAUGAUGAGACAGCAUCUCAACUUUUUUUAACAGAUCUGUAUGACUUGUACUUUUCCCUUUAUUAUCUAUAUAUAUCUGAGUUG